AUGGCAGAUGACCUAGAAUUUCUGUACCAACAUUUGUCGUUAUCUGAGAAGGAGAAGGGUGAGAUUCAUGUGGAAUCUUCGCUCUUAGAAUCUAAUAUUACACGUGGGGAACGUUGUUUGGUGAUGUCCUUGUUAACUGAUCGGUAUUAUAAUCGAGAGGCUCUCAAGAACAUGAUGCGAAAAGUGUGGCAACCUGCAUGCAAGGUGCCCUUUAAAGAUUUGGGAUCAAAUUUAUUUCUGGUGGAAUUUGAGGAUGAUCGGGAUAAACAACGUAUUCUUUGGGAGGGGCCUUGGUCGUUUGAUUGCUAUCUUGUUCUUUUGAAGCAGCUGGAAGGGAACUACAAAGGUGGGAGGCUCAUUGGAAAUAAGAUUGGCAUUGUGGAGGAAGUUGAUGGGGAGCAGAGUGAAGUUGCAUGGGGUGAGUAUCUGAGGAUCAGAGUAAGGGUAAAUAUCUCCCAGCCUCUUAUGCGGGGCAUCACUGUGAAGCUGGGUCAGUUUGGUUCAGUUUGGAUUCGGUUUGCUUAUGAACGUUUGCCAAAUUUUUGUUAUAUGUGUGGUAAACUUGGUCAUCAGCAGAAAGAUUGUGAGAUCAAUGGGACUCAGGGUGCACGAGAUACUGAUCAGCUCCCCUUUGGUCCAUGGCUACAUGUUGGAACUACUAUGGGAAGAGCGAAGGAUAAUUCUGGCCAAAGGCGCUCGACCUUCCGGGAAUUCUCACCAGCAUCUUCAUCGGAGAUGGAACAAUAA